CAUGUUAAUGCUUGAUGUGUGAGUUUGCACCGGGAAGCCAAGGAAGAAAACCUUCCAAGUUCCUGAUGUUCUCUUAUCCUGAAGCCAGCAGUUGUGUCUGACGCCAUCAAAUAUGCAGAUCUUUGUGAAAACCUUGACGGGUAAAACCAUCACCCUUGAGGUGGAACCCAGUGACACCAUCGAGAAUGUGAAGGCCAAGAUUCAAGACAAAGAAGGUAUUCCUCCUGACCAACAGCGACUCAUCUUUGCUGGCAAACAGUUGGAGGAUGGCCGCACAUUGUCAGACUACAACAUUCAGAAAGAGUCCACACUUCAUCUCGUCCUGCGUCUGAGAGGAGGUAUCAUCGAGCCUUCCCUGAGACAGCUGGCACAGAAAUACAACUGUGACAAAAUGAUCUGCCGCAAAUGCUAUGCACGUCUUCACCCCCGCGCAGUCAACUGCCGCAAGAAGAAGUGUGGGCACACCAGCAACCUGCGCCCCAAGAAGAAGCUCAAGUAAACCAGCAUCCUCUUUGAUCCUUUGUCAAUGUUUUCAAUAAUAAAAUUGAAAUGGAAUAAGGGAACUGUCA